CGCCGUUAAAUAAGAAGACGGCGUUUUUUCAUCUUCCGCCUACAAGAGGAUUUACAAAUCGGUCUACCGCCACAAGACGGCCAUUCUCCGGCGACGGCGAGAGGAAGGUGACCGUAUCGGCUCCGAUUGAGAUUGUUUUCCGUAAGCGACGAUGGAAUCUUCCGUCCCUCCGGUUCCUCGCCGACGCUCGCAUCUGCGGAACCGGUCUUAUCGCUCUAUGAUUCAUCACCUCUGCUCGAGUUUCGAUCGGGAACCUCGGGUUUCCCUUGCUACACCGGCUGUUCUUAAGGAGUUGGUCUUAAGAACAGAUAUUGCUCAGGUGUCUCCGGGAGAAAAACGUACUGAUGAAAAGCUGCCGGAGAAUUCAUCGAUCCCGGAACCAAUAUCCGAUGGAGGCUCCGGCGAGUCAAGAGCUGAGAAGGAGGAAACGAUUUCACAGGAAAACAGUUUGAUGCUCGGAGAUGUUUUUGACGGAAUUGACUUGGAAGAUGCAUCUAUCAGUAGUCAACAACACAAAGACUUUUUCGAUGAAUUUGAGCUUAUGAUAAAUGAAAGUGAAGACUUUGUUCCGGAGACUUGUGUGAAUCUCUUUGAGUCAUUGGAUGUGAAUGACUAUGAUGAUGAUGGGAUGGCGAAACAAGCGAUUGAUCUCGUUCAAAGUGUCGCAGAGAAGCCUGAUGUUGCAACUGAGCUUCGAGUAGAUUCAGUAGAAGGUGAUGACGAGAAGAUUUCUGAAUUUAUUGGGAUUAAGGCAGAGGAAGCUCCCAAAUUAGCUGAACGUAAUGGAGUUAUAAGUCCUGGAGUUUUGGAGACUAAUAAUGAAACACUUGGUAGGGAGAUGGAACCGGAGAAACCUGUUAAUAGUAGUAGUCAGGUCGUGGCAGCUUCUGUUUCUCAGAUGGUUGAAGAUGACGAUGUCGAAGAAGGAGAGAUAUCUGGGGAUGAUGAUAAUGAUGAUGAUAAUAAUAUGCUUAUAGAUGAUGAUUUGCAAGUCGAAAGGCACGAGGAGUCUCAUGACACACAAGAUGUAUUGGAUCAAAGAGGAGCAGGGACUAGUAAGAGUUCUUGUUCUAGUCUCUUUUCUGGUGUUGAGGUACUGAAAGUAGAAAAUGGAGUAAAGGAGAAGGAUCAAACUUCCAAAAACCAAGAAAAGAUGGCUUCUGGAACUAGCAUAAAGAAAAGGUCUGCUCCUUCUAAGGAAGCAAAAGCUAAAAAGAAGGCAAAAUUUCGCAAGAAAAGAGCUCAAGAGCGUAUAUCCCUUGGCGUGAAAAGGCUGAAACUUAAAACAGUAGCUCCGACACCAAAACCUGUAAAAUAUUGUCGACACUAUCUCAAGGGACGGUGCCAUGAGGGAGAAAAAUGCAAAUUCUCACACGAUACAACUCCGGAAACCAAAUCUUCGCCUUGCUGCUACUUUGCAACUCAGUCAUGUAUGAAAGGAGAUGAUUGUCCGUACGACCACGAUCUCUCCAAAUACCCUUGCAAUAAUUUCGUUAGCAAAGGUUUCUGCCACAGGGGUGAUAACUGUUUGUUUUCUCACAAGAGUACUCCACAAGCUGCUUCAGAUGCACCGAGUGGAAAUGUAACAACCUCAUCAACUAGCAUGGCUGCAGCGUCUUUCUCGACCCAGAAAUCAAAUAAACAAACCGUGAGAGACGCCAUAGCCAGAUUACCGGCGAUUCAAGCAAGAGUUUCAAGCUCUGCUGCGUUUUUGAAGCCCUCGAGUCAAUCUAACCAAAGAAGCUCAUCUGAUGCAUCAUCUCCGAAGAUCAAUGAACAUGUAACACCUCCACAGUUUCCUCCUUUGAGAAAACCAUCCGUUGCUCCAAAGGGUAUGAGUUUUCUCUCUUUGGACAAAGCCUCACGAGGGGAAUCGAAGCAAAACACACACGACACUGAUGAUCAGAGCUUGAAGCAGUCACAACAGAAAAGCUCUCUCCCUCUGGUGCCUCCAAAAGGAAUGAGUUUCUUAUCGUUUGGAUCAGAGGAACACAAAGCUCUGAAUCAAGAGCCUCAAGAACGUGCAAGUAGUAGAGUUCUCAAGACAACGGCUAACUCGCAUGUUCAGAGUUCUCUAAACUCAGCCAUGAAACUCGUUGCAGAAUUUGAAUCUGCUAAAGCUGAAAGACGCACCAAUGAUCCCGCAGAAGCUGUAAAUAAAGGCGAUGUUACAGUUAACACGAGUGUAACCAGAAACGCAGGGAACAUAUCGUCCAAGAUUCUGGAGUUCUUGUCGAGCUUCGGCCAUGGCCCAAACUGAUCUUCGUUUGUUUUUUUUUUUGAGAUAAAGGAUAAUUCUGCCGGACGGAUAAUCAAAUUCUAAAGGUUUAAAUUCUUCUGAGAUUAGAUAAAUCCAAUGGGGAGGUGAUAAAUGUGAAUGUAAAUAACUAUUGCAUUGAUGUAUGAAUAAUGAAAUGAUUCGAGCAAGGUCUGAUUCAAUUGCCACG